AUGGGAUUAAUUCAAACUCUCCGCGGCUUCAUCAAAUCCUUGUUGGUCGUUCUUUUGUGGUCCAAAUGCCAGGGUCGGGAGUCCGAGUUCAACUAUGUCACCUGCGGUUCACUUGUGAAAUUGCUGAACACGAGACACAACGUUCGGCUGCACUCCCAUGAUGUCAAAUACGGCUCAGGCAGUGGACAGCAGUCUGUGACAGGAGUGGAGAGUGCAGAUGACGCCAACAGUUACUGGAGGAUUCGGGGGAAGCCCAACGGGACCUGCCAACGCGGCGUGCCCAUCCAGUGCGGGCAGGCCAUUCGCAUCACGCACAUGACCACGGGACGCAACCUCCACACACACCACUUCAGCUCGCCGCUGUCCAACAACCAGGAGGUGAGUGCGUUUGGUGAGAACGGCGAGGGGGAUGACCUGGACGUGUGGAAGGUGCAGUGUGACGGCUCCAUCUGGGAGCGGGACGAGGCGGUGCGCUUCAGACACGUCGGCACCGACGCCUUCCUGACCGUGACGGGCGAGCAGUACGGCCACCCCAUCCGUGGGCAGAGGGAGGUGCACGGCAUGGGCACUGCCAACCAGAACAACUACUGGAAGGCUAUGGAGGGUGUGUUCAUUCAGCCCAGCCAGGAGCCGCUGAGACACAAUCACGAAGAGUUCUGA